UAGAGUCGGACAUGGCGGCGGAGAUACAGCCCGAGUGGAUCUGCCGUCUCCCUGCGUGCUGGAGUUACGGGGUGACUCGGGAUGGACGUGUCUUCUUCGUCAACGAGGAGGCGCAGAGCACGACCUGGCUGCACCCGGUGAGCGGCGAGGCGGUGACCACCGGCCACCGGAACACUCCAGAUCUGCCCACUGGGUGGGAAGAAGGAUAUACUUUUGAGGGUGCACGGUGCUUUAUCAAUCACAAUGAGCGGAAGGUGACCUGUAAGCAUCCUGUCUCAGGCCUACCCUCACAAGACAACUGCAUCUUUGUCAUCAACGAACAAUCUGCCUCUAAAGUGCCAGCGAAUGAGAAGAAGGAACGAGCACUUAACAUCAUGAGUGAGGCCUCCAACUACACAGGUGGCUCGGACUAUGCCGCUAACACCGGUAGUCCAGCAGGAAGACCCUCAAGGCCUUCCAAAAAGAUUCAUAAUUUCGGGAAGAGAUCCAACUCUAUCAGGAGGAAUCCCGGGGCCCCAGUAAUGAAGAAAAACUGGCUUUAUAAACAGGAUAGUACAGGGAUGAAGCUGUGGAAGAAAAGGUGGUUCGUGCUGUCGGACCUGUGCCUCUUCUACUACAGAGAUGAAAAGGAGGAGGGGAUACUGGGCAGCAUCCUCCUGCCGAGCUUUUAUAUAUCUAUGCUGUCUGUGGAUGAUCACAUCAACAGAAAAUAUGCCUACAAGGCAACCCAUCCCAACAUGAGGACAUACUAUUUUUGCACAGACACAGCGAAGGAAAUGGAAUCUUGGAUGCAAGUAAUGACGGAUGCUGCCCUUGUGCAUUCAGAGCCGGUCAUAAGGUUGGACAGACUAAAAGUGGAGCAGUGCGGCCCUCAAGAGAUCAACCACGUGGCCAACAACAGGCCAGUGCUCACACAGCCCGAAAUCCAGAACAACGAACGCAACCGAGAGGUCGACCUCGAGUGCCCUUUGUCAGUCACCCCCGACACGGCAGAAGAAGAGAAGAAGCAGCGAGAUGCGGAGCGCUACGGCUUCCACAAGGAGGGGGCGGUGCGCGAGCGUCCCCUCACCAAGAUCAACAGCAUCAAACUGCAGCCCGCCCAGGCAGCGGCUGUCAAAGCCAACAUCGCCUCGCCACAGACCCCAACGGAGAUGGAUGGGCCCCAUCGAAGUCCGCAGGUCAACGGAUCUGGUGGGCAGUUUCCAGCUGAUGGAACCAGAGUCCUUCCUCAGCAGAGUCCCAACUAUGAGCCGGAACGCAACCUGAGUCGUACCAGCUCCAUGCAGCAGCUGGAGCAGUGGGUCCGCACACAAAGGGUGCGCAGCCAGGACGACGACACCAGGAGCGUCACGUCGUACCAGACACUGCCUAGAAACAUGCCAAGCCACCGGGUCCCCUACCAGCCUCAGUAUGGAGAUAGUUACCGCAGCAUGCCCAGGAAUAGCAUGGCCCAGCGGGACAGCAUCUGCAGCAUGUCGCCGUCGCUGUACGAGCAGGUCUUGGGUUCCAUGCCGGCCGACAAGCGCCGCUCCAUGCGCGACGACACCUUGUGGCAGCUGCACGAGUGGCAGCAGAGGCAGGCGUACACCAGGCCGCCGGGGCUCUACGGCACCAUGGCCAGUCCCAGGACCAUGAUCAACCUGUCGGACCACGCCCCACCGAGCCACUCCAUCCCCCCCUCACCCUCCCACGGCUCGCUGUCCAUGUACGGUGGCUACUCCCCGAUGCGAUCCUACAACAUGAACAGCGGCCAUUCUGAGGUCUCCUCCCCCGUUUACAGAAGAGACGCGAGCAUCGACAGACGUCAUAGGCCGCAGCCCAACAAGUAUACUUACCCACCUGACAGGAGGUCCAUGCCCGCUGGGAUCCCAGUUCAAACUAUCACUGCCCAGACUCUGCAAGGCAAAACACUGAGUCAAGACGACUACAGAGGACACACCUACACGUACAUGCCAGGAGAAAUGGACAUUGAUAGCAAACUGAGCCUGCUGUGUGAGCAGGAUAAAGUGCUGGGGACACAGGAGGAAAAACUUCAGCAGCUGUACAGAGAGAAGCACACCCUUGAGACGGCGCUGCUGUCCGCCAGCCAGGAGAUCGAGAUGAGCUGUGAUAACUCUGUUACCAUGCAGAGCAUCAUCCAGCAGCGAGACUUACUGCAGAACGGCCUGCUCAGCACCUGCAGAGAGCUGUCCAGAGUCACUGCUGAGUUGGAGCGCUCAUGGAGGGAGUACGACCAGCUGGAGGGAGAUGUGACUCUGGCUAAGAACAACCUGCUGGAGCAGUUAGAAGCACUGGGAAGCCCUCAGACGGAGCCUCCCAGCCCGCAGCACGUCCACAUCCAGAAAGAGCUGUGGAGGAUUCAAGAUGUGACGGAGGCCCUCAAUAAACACAGAGCUCAGAGAGAUGCUGCUGAUGGGAUGGGCUUCUAUGGGCCCAAGAACAACUUCAGUAAGCACAUAAACGAGGGUCCUGACUACAGGCUGUAUAAGAGUGAACCAGAGCUCACCACAGUAGCUGAAGUGGAUGAGAGUAAUGGAGAGGACAGAUCGGAACAUCCGUCUGACAGAGAACAUCCCGGAAACAAAGGAAUGUCCUACCCAGUUGGCAUCGUCCCACCUAGAACCAAAUCUCCGGUGCCUGAGUCGUCCUCCAUCGCCUCAUAUGUUACUCUAAGGAAGAGCAGGAAGCCUGACCCCAGGAUGGAGCGUCCACACAGCGCAGUGGAGCAGCAGCUGUGUGCUGGGGAGAGUGGUCGGCCCAGGAUGAGUGUGGAGGAGCAGCUGGAGAGGAUCCGCCGCCAUCAGCAGGGGGCCCUCAGGGAGAAGAAGAAAGGCCUCAACAUCCGGGGCGGCGGCCACGACAACACACCCUCCCGCAGUCACUCGUUUACUAAAGGCACCCGCGGCAUGCAGACCCAGAUGAGACGCAGAGAUGAGGUGAUGAGCUUUGACAUUCAGGCGCUGGAGGCCUCUCUCAGGGACCAGGAGGUGGUGAGGGAGCAGGAGACGCCCGCUGAGGAAAUUGCACGUCUCAGAGAAGCCUCACACAGUGACCACUUUAAUUUGGACCGAGAGCUUUCUGUGCCUGACAAAGUGCUGAUUCCUGAACGUUACAUUGAGUCGGACCCUGAGGAGGCUCUGAGCCCCGAGCAGGAGGCUGACAAGCAGAAGAAAGUCAACCGCAUCAAAGCUCUUAUGGUAAAAAACAGUAUGCAUAACGUGUUGCCGAGCACGGGUCUGAGCCCAGAGGAGGAGAAUGAGGAGGAGGUGACUCUACAGGAGAAGGAGAAGAUGAUUAAUAUCUCAUACGAGCUGGCAGCUGAAGCCUCCAAACGCAGCAAGUUGGUAGCAGUGAGAAGCCUGUCAUCCUCUUCCCCACCCCCUCCACAAUCUCCUAACACACCCCCUCAGCUCGCUGAUGGGUCUCACUUCAUGUGUGUGUAGUAGCACCACACAGGCUCUGGCUUCAGUCAAAACCUACACAUGAAGGAAACAGCAGUGGAAGUAUAAAGAUGAACCUGUAAACCCAAGGACAUCAGCACAAGGCCCACGGCCCACAGAGAGUGACACUUUCCACUCGGUCUUCACCUGUGACUUCUGUUCGCUCACUGUGACGUCUCAAGCUCCUGUGCCACGAACCACACCUUUCUCUGUGACACUUCUCUGCAAUCACCUUCAGACCAUUAACGUCGCAGCUUCCUUUCAGUUUUACAAGGCUUUUAAGUUUAAUUUUAUUAUUUAUAUGGUUUUAUUAGGUCCUUGUUUGAAUAUGGGCCGAUGUCUAUGUGUGUAUAUGAGGCUAAUAGACAGAGUUCUGUUUUGGCAAUGCCUAAUUUCCAUGUGUUCUGAUCAUUUUAGCUCACUUAAGUCUUUUAUAAUCCACUCAUUUUGUUUUUCAAACAUUGGUCGUCAGCCAACGGUUCAUAUUUAUCCAUUAACUAUCAAGAACAUAUGUGGAUGCGAGACAUAAAGAGACAAACUGUGGAUCCUUCCAUUGUAAUGAAAGGAAGAGCCACGUUAUGGCUGCAGACUAAGAUUAUUUGCAAUUUUUUCUUAUUUCUAGGUUGUAAUUAUUUAAUAACGGAUCCUCUGCAAUCCCUCUCCGUUUUUGCCGACACUUAUGUGAAUGUUCUGGCUUAAGUCAUUCUAUACUGUUUUUUUUUUUUGUGUUGUUUUUUUGACAGAGAGAUAUUUAAACUGAGAGGAGAAAAAAAUCGGAUUUUUGGUUCUAUUUUGUGAUAUUUUGGUUUGAAAAAGAAGACGAAGAAAAUAUUAGCACAUGUAAAAAGCAAUAACAUAUGUUUUGUGGAUCCAGGAUGAUUUUUUUUGUGUGUGUACAAAGUGUAAUUAUCAGAGGUUUACUGUGUAUAUAAUGUACAUGGUACAGCAGGAUGGGAGAUUGUAUCCGACAUGAGGUUACAUACUAUAUUUGAUUUGAAAAUGUUCAUAUCCCCAUCUGUUUUAUAACAUGUGAAAUAAAUGUUGCCAUUUUUAA